ACAACCAGUAUCGACCGUUGAUCACAUCCCACUCUCUCUUCUCAAAAUUCCAAUGAGAAAAUGCCACUGCAUCUAAAUCAGCUUCCUUAUAAAUACAACCCUGUACCGACUACUGCUUCGAUACUUUAGGUUCGGAGAAAGAACAAGCUCAAAACAAAAGCUAAAAACAGAAACUAAAUCAACUCAUAUUCGAUUCUGAAAUUUUCAAACGCCAUGGCCACCACCGAUAAGACUGAGUGUGGAGAACUGAAGCGACUGGGUUUCGUAAGGGUCGCAGCGAUUCAAGCGCUGGUGUGCGUAUCGAAUUUGUACGACUACGCGAAACAGAACUCGGGGCCUUUGCGAUCUGCGGUUGGGACUGUUGAGGGUGUGGUUACCACCGUCGUUACUCCAGUCUAUGACAAACUCAAGGGCGUUCCGGAUGAUCUCCUUGUUUUUCUCGACAAAAAGGUAGACGAAGCUACACACAAGUUUGAUAAGCAUGCGCCACCAUUGGCUAAGCAGAUCGUUUACAAAGCUCAUUAUUUGACGCUUAAGGCGGCGGAGAAGACUCAAAAAUUUGUGAACGAUGCACGAACAGAAGGCCCUCGUGCGGCUGUGAGCCAUGCUGCCACGGAUUACAAGCAUUUUGUAAUGGAUAGGACAGUGAAUCUUUGGGUGGCAGUAAACAGGUACCCGGCCAUUCACCAGGUGGCUGAGAAGGCGGCACCGACAGCAGCUCAGUGGUCGGAGAAGUAUAACCAUACUGUAAAGGAUUUGACGCAGAAGGGUUAUGCUGUGUUUGGAUAUUUGCCAUUGGUUCCUGUGGAUGAGAUAACCAAGGCAUUCAAAAAGGGUGAGGCAGGAAAGAAAGUAGAACCACCGAAGGAGCAUAAAUCAGAUUCAGAGUCAUCUGAUUCUGAUUGAGCUGUGUGUUUUAUUUUAGGAAUAUGUGAGUUUAUUAUAUGCCAGAUGAUUUCUCUUUCAACUUUUGUAAAUGAUUUGCCAAGUGAACUUUAAAAACUCUUUUGUUUCUGAAUGAAUGGAUGUUAAGAGUAGGAUAUACAA